CUGUCUCUUCCCCUCACCUUCCUCCCCGUUGACUUUUACUCUCGAUCUGCACGCAAAGAUGGUCUACAAGGUUGCUGACAUUUCUCUUGCCGCGUUCGGUCGCAAGGAGAUCGAGCUCGCCGAGAAUGAGAUGCCCGGUCUUAUGUACAUGCGCGAGAAGUACGGUGCCUCCAAGCCCUUGAAGGGCGCGCGCAUCGCUGGUUGCUUGCACAUGACCAUCCAAACUGCCGUGCUCAUCGAGACGUUGUCGGCUCUCGGCGCUGAGGUCUCAUGGUCUUCAUGCAACAUCUUCUCGACACAAGACCAUGCUGCUGCCGCCAUCGCUGCGACUGGCGUUCCCUACCCCCAGUACCUCGCCGGCAUCCGUGGUCUCUCCGAGGAGACGACUACUGGUGUGCACCACCUCUACCGUCCCGCCAUCAACGUCAACGACUCCGUCACCAAGUCCAAGUUUGACAACUACUACGGUUGCCGCGAGUCCCUCGUUGACGGUAUCAAGCGUGCCACCGAUGUUAUGCUUGCUGGCAAGGUCGCUGUCGUCGCUGGUUUCGGUGACGUUGGCAAGGGUUGUGCGCAAUCCCUGGCUGCCUACGGUGCUCGUGUCAUUGUCACUGAGAUCGACCCCAUCAACGCCCUUCAAGCUGCGAUGGCUGGUUACGAGGUCGCGACGAUGGAGGAUGCUGCUCCCCGCGCCAACGUCUUCGUCACCACCACUGGUAACCGUGACAUCAUCCGCGGCGAGCACUUCCUGGUCAUGCCCGAGGAUGCCAUCGUCUCGAACAUUGGUCACUUCGAUGUCGAGAUCGACGUUGCCUGGCUCAAAGCCAACGCGAAAUCCGUCGUCAACAUCAAGCCCCAGGUUGACCGCUACACCAUGCCCAGCGGCCGCCACAUCCUCCUCCUCGCCGAGGGCCGUCUUGUCAACCUCGGCUGUGCCACCGGCCACCCGUCCUUCGUCAUGUCCUUCUCCUUCACCAACCAGGUGCUCGCGCAGAUCGCGCUCUGGACGAACAACUCUGCAUUCCCGCUCGGCGUGCACAUGCUGCCCAAGGAGCUCGACGAGGAGGUCGCGCGCGCGCACCUCAAGCAGCUCAACGUCAAGCUGACCACGCUCAGCAACGAGCAGUCCAAGUACCUCGACAUCCCCGUCAGCGGUCCCUACAAGCCCGCCCACUACCGCUACUAGGGGGUCGUGGUAGGACGAUAUCGAGACAGACGGCCUCAACGUGCCCUCACCGAUGAAAAAGGUCCUGGGAAGGGAUUCUCAACAUCCCGAUUUAGUUGAUGGCUGGUAGAGCCUUCGCGCCGCGGCGUGCGUGUGCGUGGUGCUGGGGCGCUUCGCGGUGCUGGGUGAGGGGUGUGAUAUGGAUGUAUAUGUUCUAUGAGAGUAUGGGCCUCAACGCGCCUGGUCUCUUGCAAU